GGGGUUAUUUACAUCCUUCCUGCCUCCCUGUGGUUUUCAAGUCACCCGCACGGGCAGCCUUUACAGGUUCAGUUUAAAAGACUGUAAGAAGCGUGUCUAUAUAGACUGUGUAUACACACAGACUUCUUACCGACCAGGGCUGCCGCAACAGCUUCUGCAAACGACCCUCGCCCAUUUCAACGGCCCCUCCGCCGCCCGCGGCCGCCUCCCGCUCCGCCCCGGCGAGGCCCAGCCCCGCGGGUGGAGCGGGCCGGGGCGGGGCGGGGCGGUGGCGCCGUGGGCUCGGAGGCGAAGCCGGAGUUGGGGUUGAAGACGAGUGAACUUCCGAGGCAGGGCUGGGCUGCUCUCGCCGCCGCUACCGGCGGGGAACGAAACUGGGCGGAGAGACGGCCGAGAUGGUGGAGGACGGCGGGGAGGAGGAGGCGGAGGGGGAGAGCGGGAAGAUGCCGGCGGCCGCCGCCGCGCCGCCGCCUCGCUGCAACGGCUUCCUCCCCGGCAAGGAGGCGGAGGACGGCGAGCGGGCGACCCCGGCGGGCGGCGGGGAGCGGGAGGCGGCGGCCGCCGAGGCCGAGGCCAUGCUGGCGGCGGGCGGCGGGCGGGCGGAGACGCGCCUGUCGCGGCGGCGGCUGGCGGUGCUGGCCGUCUUCAGCUGCUACUCGCUGGUGAACGCUUUCCAGUGGAUCCAGUACAGCAUCCUCAGCAACGUCUUCGCCGGCUUCUACGGCGUCUCCUUCACGCAGAUUGACUGGCUCUCCAUGGUCUACAUGGUGGCCUACGUGCCGCUGAUCCUGCCUGCCACCUGGCUGCUGGACGCCCGCGGCCUGCGCCUCACCGCCCUGCUGGGCGCCGGCCUCAACGGGCUGGGGGCUUGGCUGAAGUGCGCCAGCCUGGCCCCCGGCCGCUACCCGCUCACCCUGGCCGCCCAGGCCGUCUGCGCUGUCGCCCAGGUCUUCAUCCUGGGGCUGCCCUCACGCAUCGCCUCCGUCUGGUUCGGCCCCACCGAGGUCUCCACCGCCUGUGCCGUGGCCGUGCUGGGCAACCAGCUUGGCACUGCGAUUGGCUUUUUGUUGCCACCUGUUCUGGUUCCAAAUACACCUAAUGAUAUUGAUCUAAUGGCACAUAACAUCAGCAUCAUGUUCUAUGGAACAGCGAUAGUGUCCACACUUCUGUUCUUCUUAACAGGAGUUGUGUUUGAAGAAAAGCCCAAAUACCCUCCUAGUCACUCUCAAGCAGUCCUGCAAACUAUGCCUCCAGAGAAUUACUCCUACAAGCAGUCGAUUAUUAACUUGUUCAAAAAUAUUCCAUUUGUACUUUUGCUGAUCAGUUAUGGUAUUAUGACUGGGGCAUUUUAUUCUGUCUCUACAUUAUUAAACCAGAUGAUAGUAACUCAUUAUGAGGGAGAAGAAGUGAACGCUGGGAGAAUUGGCUUGACACUGGUGGUGGCAGGAAUGGUGGGUUCGAUUAUUUGUGGUUUGUGGCUGGAUUACACUAAAACAUACAAGCAAACAACUCUGAUUGUUUACAUUCUCUCCUUCAUUGGGUUGCUGGUAUUUACUUUCACCCUGGACCUUGGAUACCUUAUAGUAGUGUUUGUGACUGGAGGAGUACUUGGGUUCUUCAUGACUGGCUAUCUUCCACUUGGGUUUGAAUUUGCUGUGGAAAUUACAUACCCAGAGUCUGAAGGAACUUCCUCAGGUCUCCUUAAUGCAUCAGCACAGAUAUUUGGAAUUGUCUUCACACUUGUUCAAGGAAAACUCACAACAGACUACAGUCCUUGUGCAGGAAACCUCUUUCUUUGUGCUUGGAUUUUUGUGGGCAUUAUCUUAACAGCCUUAAUAAAAUCAGAUUUGCGAAGACACAAUGUGAAUUCAGGGAUUAUGAAUUUGGAUGUUAAAGCUGUACCAGUUGACAGUCCUGUAGAACCUGAAAGUACUACAUUAAAAAUUCAGUCGGCUUUAUAAAGCUGAAAGAAGGUGACUUAGAAUUGCACAAGUUUGGUUGGAUACUGAACAAUACUGAUUAGUGUAAUCACUGGAUUUGUAUGUAUGAGUAGUAAAAUGUAUUUGUUGAUAUUGGUGAUAGUUGUGCAGUGGAAACUAUGAAGAUGCUCAGUUCAUUUUGCCCAAGAUGCAAAUAAUUCACUGUUGUAUGGAAUAUUUAUUUUAACAAUUUUCAGGUUUUGCAGUUUCAUUGGUAAAGAACUGUGUGAAUACUCUCCAUACUAGGGAGACAUGUACAUUCAGGAUGCAUACUUGAAAAAAUCUGGAAUCCUGAAAUACAGUCGUCAUAAUCAGAAGUAUCUAAUCUUCUUUUCUUGUUCAGUCUUUGCUAGUGCAUUUGAAAAGUCAGAGAGUAGAUAGCUGUGCAGCUGGAGGAUGUUCACAGGUUCCUUUUUUUUUUUAUAUAUAUAUCUGUAUUUUUAAUAUAAGCCAAUGGUUCCUUCUGGGAAACUGUAUUUUAUAGCACAAUACUGAAAACGAGAUGACUGCAAACGUGUGUGUUUCAUACUGGCAUCUGACAUUUCUUUUGCCUUGACACUUCUUGAUAGAUAUCAGAUGGCAGAUAAGAGAAAACACUGUCUUAUAAAUUUAUUGUAACAUCUCCCACUAGAUAAAUUGAAGAAGAAACAUUUCUUAUUAAAUACAGUAAAAAGGAGGGGAAAGGCCUUUGAUAUCUUUACUGUGAAGUAUUUAUAGGCAAUGGAACACUACCACACAGGUUGCCUCCACGGAAUAUUUUGAGUGCUUUCUCAGUUAAAGUGAGAGGAGUAUGUGUUUACAAAGAGCUGGUGCCUUUACUUUGUAAAGAAGAUCCUUGCCUCAUCUUGAGUUUAAUCAGUGCUGCUGAAGAAAUUCCAUUUUGUGUGUUAAACCUCCUCUGAAUAUUUGUGAAGUAUCAGAAAAUGUGUUCUAUCCUUUUUUGCAUUUAUUUCUCUGUGUUAUGGAUUGUAUCAUCUGUCUCAUGUGAAAUCUUUGUGCUUGUAUAACCUAAAUCAUGUCCUUUGCAGUUUGUUAAAAGCUGUAAGGAUGACUGAAAGGAAAAUAGUGAUGUUUCACUUUGAUUGAAUAUUUGCUGUUUAUAUCAUGCAUCUUAGCUAUGAAAGGAGCAGACUUCUUUAACAUUCACCUUGUGUUAUUACAUUUACCUGAAUUUGGGAUGUAGAUCUCUCACUGCAGUGCUUAUGAAAAUAUGCUCCUUUAUCUUGAGCUCUAUCUACACACCUACAGAAUUGAUAGCACUACAAUAAUACUGAGGCCCUACUAUUACUGAAAAAGUCAUACCUGAGUUAGUGGACUUUUUGCAAACAUUUAAGCUUUAGCAGUCUUUAAGCUGAGCCUGCAGGUUUGGUACCAUCAAUGAUGCUGUCUCUUUGAGUUCCCACAGAUGUAAUGCCAUCCAGAAGCUGGAAUCCUACUCUGAAUUUUCCACAGAUUGUUACAGUUGGGUAUGGGGAACUUUUUAAUUCCGAUAUAGUCUUUCAGUAUAAGUAUUGUUAAAUGCUUUUCUUUUUCUUGUUUCACUGUAGAUUUGGAUAAUCCUUUUAUAUAAAAAGGACUCUGCAAACUUAGCUUUUUAAACUUAGCCUCUAAACUCGACGAUCUUGAUUUUACAUCUUGUAUGAUAAAUACUUCAGACAUGGGAAGUCUGAAUGGCAAUAUACAUACUGGAAUAAGCUAAUCAUGGUUGGAACACUCGCCUUUCCAAAAGGGGUUGAUGUCUCUUUGCCAGGUCCAGUGCUGGAAAGAAAAUGGGCACCCCUUGCUGCUCCUGGAGAGGCGAGCUUUACGAGGAGAGUCCUCUGGUGUGAUAGCUAAAUAUAGGAAAAGUAACUCAUAGAUAUUCAAAAGGCAGGCAAGAGUAUAGGAGUGGAAGGGGAGAUGCUUUCAUUAUGUCAGUUCUUUACAUUUAAUGACUUGCUGUGAUGCAAGCUGCCUCCUCAAGAGAGCAAAGUGAAAGUUCCUGCCUUUUGAUACCUGUGGGUGGCUUUUCUUUGGAAAAAUUAUACUAAUGUGUGCCAAAAUAUGUGUGUUCUUUGGCACUAUACAGAUUCAGUAAAUAUUUAUUCAUGGCCCGUGGUUGCCUUGUACUUCUGCUGUUGCAAAAUGUUAAUAUGAUAAUAUUUUUGCAAUUUUGCGGAAGUGUUUUCAAACAUCCAAUAGAAAGUCUUCGGCCAUAUCCAGAAUGCUUUCUGAGAUAUCCAGUACACACUGUUCAAAUUCAAAGACUGAGCUCUUUUUUGUUUAUUUUUAAUUAUUUUUUUUUUUUAAUUCCUUUCUUCACUACUAGUUUCCAGUUUCUUUAUUUACGUUCAGUUGAUUACUGAAAAAAUAUUCUAGCCCUUCUGGCUCCUCGUUCUUUUUUAUCUUCUGCCAAAUUACCUCUGAAAAGGUCCAAACAAGAUUUUGGCAUGCUGAACACCCUGCUGGGUCCCUGAAAAGAAAAUAUUCCUAAUAAUGAAGGCUUAAUUACAUCCUGGACUUAACACUCUCCCUCUAAAAGGAGCUUGAAAGUUGGAAACCUGUGAGCUAUUUCCAGGCAAUGAUAAAGUAUUUAAAUAAAAGGCUCAGUAGCAAAAUAAGGAGCAAACCACUAUUUUAUACGAUAAUCUUAUCUGUCUGUCAAGAAACUGAGGUUCUAGCUCAUGGCAGAAAUAAAUUUGGGGUAGUUGGGGCUUUUGGGUUUUUUGCUUUUAAUUUUUGUUUUUAAACAAACAGCAUCUACCCAGUCAAACAUCCAUCGGGAAUUGGAAAUAGGGUUGCUGACUCUCUUAGCCUUGAGAUUCUGACACAGCCUUCCAGUAAGAAUAGAGGUGGGGGCUAAAAAUUGUAACUCCUUAGAGGUAAUAAUUUAAUGAAUGGAAUUACACAUCAACUAUGAGAGGAUGGAGUGGGAAACCAAGCGGGGAGAGGCAUCCCAAUCCCAUGCAUCAGCUUUUGCUUUUCAAUAUGCUUUUCUUUUGAGUGCUGGAAGAGAACUCGUGUAAUGGGGAGCGUAAGCAGGGGGGCUGCCCCCACAUUCUCAGGGGCCCACCAAGGUGUAUAACUGCUAACUUUCAGCUACAAGAUUCAGAGAUUAGCCUUUACAAUAUCUGUCUCUGUUUUUUCCAGACCAUGUUAAACUUUUGGCUAACUUCAGUGGGAGAGACCCAGAGAACAUUGACCCAUUUUUAUUUAGGAUUCCUAACAUGGCCUUAAAACCCUCAUUUCUUUUGGCUUGGUGUGUAAAUACCAGCCCUGUAAGGCAUGGUCUGGAAUUGCUGCAAUUGGGAGCUUUCUUCUUCAGCUUGGUAGAUAAGUCCUUCAGAGUAUUUAUUUUGUAGAUUAGUGUUUGUCUUUAAUAACAUCUCUUUCUGUUGCUGAAUGCUCAUGUUUCAUGAGGAAGAAAGAACAAGGGAAGAAGUGGGAAGAAGACAUAUGAAUCAUUUUAGGUUAAUAGAGUUUUCCUAACUUUACCCUCUUGGUCAUCUCUUUUGUUCAAGACAGUCUGUUGUUUCAGAGACAAUCACUGGAGUGUGUAAUUAGAGCUGCUAGCCCAUGUUUCCUAAUGAGGAAGUGCUUUUUGAGAAAUCUUUGGACUAUCUUGUGCAUCCUACAACCAAGUGAAAUUAGGUUAAGCUUAUAAGCAUUUGUUGCUUUAAUUUUCCAUUUGGUGAACUCAUGAGUUCUGUGUGAAUGGCAAUGUGUGACCCUUUCCAUUGCUGUCUUUCAAUACGUGUAUGUACCACCUUCUUAAGUGUAAUAGACUACUAAUGAUUCAUAGACCACAAGCUAAAUUAUUUUAUCCCACGUGAUUUCCCCACCAUCAUCAUUCAGUCUGAAGUCUGUGAAGAGGGAAAAGUGAUGUUAAUGCAUGAACUAGAAUAAGUUAAGAAAAAAAUAUUCCAAAGAGAAAUGUAUUUCCGUGUUAUUUACAGCUCAUGUCUUUGUUCUGCUCAUGAAGAUAGCAAAGAUUUUUGCUCUAAUAUUUUGGUUUUGUUAGUACCCCAUUCUUUGUUUCAAGAGAAAAUGAAAAAUUCCAUAUGAAUACUCUUGAUUGCAAUAUUAUAUGUAUGUGUAUAUGUGGGUGACAUCAUUCCUUAUGUUACUAAUAAAGUGUAUAACAUGUAA